AUGGAUGUGCUUUCCAAUCCCAGCAAAUCCAAGUUUGUAAAAUGUCCUCGUUGUCUUGCUGACCUUACUACAACGACCACAAAUGAGUUCCAUACUUGCUUAUGUUCGAACUGUAACUGUGUGUUUUGUUAUCUGUGCAACUAUGAGCCUCAUUGGCCUAUGAGUUGCGAUGAAUACAAGCGAUGGACGGAUCGAUGGGACGCACACUAUCUCCUCGAGAAAAAUCAAAAAUUUGGUGAUGGCCAGAUGAGACUUUGUAUUCACUGUGAAACUGUAUUCCAGAUGCCCAAAAACACGACCAAUGCUCAAUGUCCCAAUUGGGACUGUAAGUAUAGAUACGACGAAAAUGGCACUCUAUAUCAUUAUCAUAAUUACAAGAGAGAUCUGUCAUUGAGGUCUUUAAAACUAAUGGAGGCGUUAGGAUAUAAAAUGAAAUACUGCACUGAAUGCGUUUUGAAUUUUGUUGGCUUCACUGUACGAUCAUCAGUGCACAUUCUUGCAAUUAGAACUCUCUCAACACCAAACAUUCUUCUUUCACUGGACAAAUGUCUUCUUGUCGAGAUGCUUCGACUUGGCCGUCCCCUCCAGUCUGUUCGCGGACUAGCCUCUGCUGCUACCGCCAAAGCACCUGCUCCCGCUGCAGCAAAACGUCCAGCUCGAGUCGGACCGAACAUUGUCCUCGUCGAAGCUGUAAGGACACCAUUCGUCAUGUCUGGAACCGUAUUUAGAGAUAUGUGGGCUGUCGACCUGCAAAGAGAGGCACUAAAAGCCUUGAUUGCUCGAACGCAGAUACCAUUCAAAGACAUCGACCAUGUCAUCUGCGGUACAGUUAUUCAAGAAAGUAAGACGAGUAAUAUAGCCAGAGAGGCUGCUCUAGAAGCAGGCUUCCCAGAUAAAAUCCCGUGCCACACUGUCACUCUUGCUUGCAUUUCUUCGAACGUUGCAAUGACGACUGGAAUGGGUAUGUUGGCCACGGGAAACGCCAAAGCAAUCAUUGCUGGUGGUGUGGAACUUUUAUCGGAUGUUCCCAUUCGAUACAACAGAAAGGCGAGAAGAGCCAUGUUGAGCAUGCAGAAAGCGAAGGCGCUUGGCGACAAAGUGAAGCUUGGAACUGAAAUCGUGAAGAACAUGUUCAGCCCCGAACUACCAGCAGUAGCAGAGUAUUCCAGUGGAGAGACGAUGGGUCAUAGUGGGGAUCGACUUGCUGCAGCUUUCAAUGUUUCCAGGAGGGAACAGGAUGAGUUUGCAUUACGAUCUCACAACUUGGCAAAGGCUGCAACAGAUGCUGGUAAACUCAAGGACGUUAUCCCAGUCUUCCUAAACGGAAAGAAACCACAAACGAUCAAGACUGACAAUGGUAUUCGCGUAUCAACCAUGGAGAAAAUGGCAUCUCUGAAACCAGCAUUCGUCAAGCCUCAUGGGACCAUCACAGCCGCUAACGCUUCUUUCCUGACUGAUGGAGCUUCCGCAUGUUUGAUUACCACUGAAGAUUUUGCUCUGGCUAACGGUUACAAGCCUCUUGCCUAUCUCCGGGAAUACCAGUACGUUGCGCAAGACCCUAAAGAUCAACUUCUUCUUUCACCUGCUUACGUCAUCCCACAGUUGCUAGAGAGGGUUGGCCUUGGACUGAAUGACGUUGAUGUUUUCGAAAUCCACGAAGCUUUCGCUGGACAAGUUCUCGCUAAUCUGAAUGCGUUAGAUUCGGAUUAUUUCUGCAAAGAGCAUAUGGGACGUUCUGGUAAAUUUGGCCGAAUACCAAUGGAUAAAAUCAAUCUUUGGGGAGGUUCGCUUUCGCUAGGACAUCCAUUCGGUGCGACUGGUGUGAGGUUAGCUUCCCAUGCCGCUGGCAGGUUAAAGGAGGAAAAGGGACAGUACGCUGUGAUUGCUGCUUGCGCUGCUGGGGGACACGGUGUAGGAAUGCUUAUUGAAGCAUAUAACAAUACAUCUACAAAGUUAUCAUCAAAGGAAGAACCAUCAUCACAUGUGCGGCUAAAUGGUUGGGUACAAAAAUCUCAAAAAUGCGGAGCGAAUGUGUUUCUUCACAUCACCAAUGGAUUGUCGCCAAAGUCAGUGCAAAUUGUGUUACCUAAGGAGUUAUGUGGGUCAGUGCACGUUGGUAGUGCUGUUUCUAUCAAUGGUAAGUGGCAGCCAAGCUUGGGUGAGCAGCAGGAAAGGGAAUUGCUAGCUUCUUCAUGUAAAGUUGUAGCAAAUGAUGUGGAGCCAAGGUACUCAUCUUUGUCUCCCGAUCAGCUUCGUAAAAAAAUGCAUCUUCGUACACGUUCUUCCGCUUUCGCCGCUCUGCUCCGAUUGCGGUCUAAGCUUUUGAUGAAAACUCAUGAGUACUUCAUGAAGCGUGGCUAUGUUCAUAUUGAUACGCCAGUCAUCACAGCGAAUGACUGCGAAGGAGCUGGAGAAACGUUUUCCAUAGCUGAACCGACUUCAGGGGAGGAAUUCUUUGCUGAGAAAGAUGCUUUUCUGUCCGUCAGUGGUCAACUACAUUUAGAGGCCAUGGUAAGCGGCAUAUCUCAAGUCUACACGUUAAGCACCGGAUGCAGAGCUGAUAAGCAGCAAAGCAGGAAUCAUUUGACGGAAUUCAGAAUGUUAGAAGCAGAGAUCGCGUUCUGCGACGAUCUCAAUAUCUUACUGAAAAUUACCGAGGACUUCCUGCGCUUUUGUAUUUUCAACUUGUUGAGUGAUCCGGUGAUGAUGGACGAGUUCGAUUCACUUGGACAGUUCUCUGAGAAGGACCACAUGUUCGUCUUGGGAUCCAUUAUGGAUUCUCCACCCUUUCCCAGGUUACCGUAUGCUGAUGCCGUGAAGCUGUUAACUGACAAUAAUCAAAAGCUUACCGGAAGAGGAUUAACCAAGCAAAAUGAAGCAUUUUUGGUGGGCUAUCAUAAAUCUCCUGUCUUUGUCACUCAUUUCCCUUCAGAGCAAAAACCAUUCUACAUGUUGCGGUCGCCAGAUGGGAAAGUGACUGAAUCUUUUGACCUGCUCUGCCCCGGCGUAUGUGAGCUUGCUGGUGGAUCCAUUCGUGAGCCGUCGCCUGAGAUCUUACGGGAAAGGAAUCCCUCCGUUGAGUGGUACGCAGAGAUUCGAGAAAGAGGAAAGCCCAUAUCAGGCGGAUUUGGCUUAGGCUUUGAGAGAUUGUUACAGCUGUUAUUGGGAGUACCAAAUAUUAAAGACACCAUUCCAUUUCCUAGAUGGUUCAAACAUUAA